AACAGUGUUGCAGAGCGUUCGACCUAUAUGAGUGCGUGUCAUUUUCCCCAUCGAAUUUGUUUGGUGUUUUUGUUAGUCGAAAAUGGACAAACUAAAUGAAAAUGCCCGGGAGCGAAAGCAAAUCAAGCUUGGCGAGAUCGACACUGGUCCAAUUUUAUUGGCCCUUUUGCUGGGCUUCAUUGCAGUAGCAAUCUUUGUGAUUCUGCGGAAGCGCACCGCUGGGCGUAAGGAUUUCCUCCUCACCGGUCUGAGUGAAUCUGGCAAAAGUGCCAUCUUCAUGCAGCUGCUCCACGGCAAAUUUCCGACCACUUUUACUUCGAUCAAGGAGAAUGUUGGAGACUACCAAGCGGGCAGUUCAUCAGUCAGAUUAGUGGACAUUCCCGGACAUUACAGGGUGCGCGACAAGUGCUUCGAGCUGUAUAAACAUCGUGCCAAGGGGAUAGUCUUUGUAGUGGACUCCGUUACUGCCCAAAAGGAUAUCCGUGAUGUGGCAGAUUUCCUCUACACUAUAUUAUCAGAUAGCGCUACACAGCCAUGCUCUGUAUUAAUCCUUUGUAACAAACAAGAUCAAACCACCGCCAAGAGUGCCCAGGUCAUCAAAGCUCUACUGGAGAAAGAGCUUCACACAGUACGCGAUACUAGGAGCCGCAAACUGCAAUCCGUGGGUGAUGAUGAGGCCAACAAACCCAUAACACUGGGCAAGCCAGGACGCAAUUUCGAAUUCUCACACAUCGCACAGAAUAUUCAGUUUGUGGAGGCCUCCGCCAAGGAGCAGGAACUCAAUCCUCUCACCGAUUGGCUGUCUCGCCUCCUGUGAAGUGGAAACACAAAGCUCUCUGACUGAGAAGAAACAGAAGUCCUAAAGGAACGAAUGCAGAACACAAAACAACAUAUUGAUAUUUAUUUUAAUUCUUAGCGCCCUCGUAUAUAUGCCAUGCCUAUAUAUAUCGCUGUUAGAAUAUAAAUCCCUGCAUUGUUAAAUACCCGACACCCCAAGCCUUUGUCUCCUUCCAAUUUCCCCGUCUAAUUUUAAGUUAUUGUGGAAAUUUUUAUACUUUUUAGCAUUAAUUUGUCGGUUGAAUUUGAAUAAGAAUCAUGUAUUGAUCGAACGAGAAAAGAGUUGUGCAUUUAUAAACGCUGAUGCAGAUCAUGGGCUCAGUAAAGGUUUUAAAAAUAAAAUACGGGUCCUCAAAAAUUA